AUGCCCAAGAGACGGCACUGGGCCAAGUACUCAAAGCCGCAGACGACUGCGCCGCACUCUUUGGAGAGCUCCGGCCUCCAGAGUAACCUCCAUCAUGAAGAACCUCAAACCCGAAACGUGAAUGAUCUGCUGGCAAGUCUGCGUAAGGCCAGUCUUGCUCCAAGUAUUGCCGGGACGGGCCAUGGCAGUGGAAGUGGUGACACUGGCUCUGCAGGAAAUGGGUUGACACCACCAGCUGCCCAUGCUAUCGUGGCCCCCAGCGUUCCGCCAGAUAUUGCCCGUAUUCUUCUACCAGGUAUGCCAGCAGCUGCCCCAGCGGCUCAAGCUAAUGGGGGUGGCAUUGCUGCUGCUGGCACGCAAGCUGCAGGCAUUGCCGGCGGGGUUGGUGGUCGUCAGCGUGCUCCAGCAGGCCCAGCACCUCCGCCAUCUUGGCUCUCACAGUCCCGACAUGCUCCACGGCGGAUACAGGCAGACACCCAGAAGUACCAUACUCCCCGGGGUAUUAGCAUGCCUGGAAUCUCUACUCCGAGCCACAGAAGUCUCGUCAGUAUCGUCGUGCGCAAGAUUGCCAUCGAGUGGGCUUUCCAGAGACAUUUCAACCAAUAUUACCUUCCGUACCUUCACGGCGCGUUGAAAGCUGCGGUCGUGUCCUGUCUGAGUGCCCGUGCAGACGCUGGCCAGGGCGUGACGGUGGCGGACCUGAGGACCCUGUUCCUGCUGCCGCAGCCUUUUACUGCUCAAAACCGAUCCGAAGACGCUGAGGCUGACGGCCGUAAUGGCGACUGGGACGACGGUUCUCUGCCGAGCCCGACAUUGUCGAACGAGGAUGUCCACUACCUCGAUCUCGCGCUGUCGAUCGGACGGUCGAUACAACUCAAGGAGCUCAGCGACCUUCUAUUCCCUUUAGGAAUGGGCAGAUCUUCUGCAGCUGCGAAGAAGAGAGCCAGCUUGGACCUGCAGGAGUCGUGGGAUUCCGCGGGCGAGACAUCGCUGCCCCGUUCACUGCUGCCGAACUUGACACAUCUUUCUCUUGCCCAAAGCCCCGGAAGCAUCAGGUCUCAGGUGAACUGGCGGCAGCUUCUGGCGUUUGCAGCACACAUUCCGACGCUCACGCACCUGAGCCUGGCCUACUGGCCCGAGCCGACGCUGACGCCCAAUGCAAAGUUCGUCACCGUCAUUUCGCACGUGGGCGAGAGACGCGUGCAGUACGGCGGGACCGGCCCAUACAGCCACUCGCUAGACGACGACUGGGCCGAGGCCAUCCUCGUGGUCCGAAAGCUGAGCAAGGCGCUGUACGGCCUUGAGUACCUGGACCUGACGGGCUGUGCAUCGUGGAUCCCGGCACUGAUGCACCGGGCGGACCACGACGCGGUGGACUGGGUGGGCGACUGGGGCAAGGUGACAACGCUGGUGCUCUGCUAUGGCAGCGCGUGUGGUGACGGGUACGGCGGCGUGGCCUCGACAGAGCACUUGCCGGGCGAGGUGGCUAGGCAGGUGAAUGCGGCCAGCGAGCUCAAGGCGACGCGGAUCCGCAGCCUCGUUGACUCGCCCCAGGUCCUGGCCAGCGAUGGAUGCUGGAGCCCGCACAGGCUAGGUCUCUUCGCAGGCAACACGCCCGGCUUCAUGGAAGACUACCAGGUCAUUAUGGUACGUGAGAACCCGCCGUUUUUGGCACUGCCAGAUGUUGACCGUCUUCUGCUGCAGCUGAACACGUCGGUGCUCGGCCGCAACUACGUCCCACAGCUGUAUCUCGCCACGGCCGGGGCAUCACGAGCGCUACGCGAGAAGCGCGACCCGGGACACGGCCACAACAGCAGCGACAGCGACUACGACUACGACGUCGUCAACGGGACAGCAGCGGACCGACUACGAGCACGGGAGAUGACGCUGGCGGCGGCCGAGAACGAGAUCGCCGGGCUGACGUAUGCCGAGGCGGCCAACCGGAUGACGGUGCUGCUGGGCAUCAGCGAGUUCUAUACGCUACACGUGAUGAACUCGUGCGAGGGCAGCUUCUCGCCCAACGUGACAGCGCCCAACAACUGGCGCAACGUGACCAACUGCACGUCGCAGAUUGCCAUCCCGCAGCUGAACCUCUCAGGCAUCAUCGACGGUGAGCUGCAGGCCGGCUUCACCGGCGACAGCGGCCUGCUGGCACUGGGCGCCUCACGAAGCCUGGCCGGCGCUCUCAACCGCAUCCCCACCAUCGGCAUGGCCAUUGCCGUCUUCUAUAUUGUCGGCGUCGGUGCCGCCGGUCUCGGCCUGCUGACGUCGGCUAUUGCCCUCGUCACGCUCGCCUCGCACCCGCGCGAGACCCUGCUGGCCGGCCUGGGUACCACGUCGGGCGCAGCCAUGGCGCUGCUGAUCGCUGCCGUCGUCGCCGUCGUCGCCGCUGGGUCCACCGUCGACUCCAUCAACCGGCUGGGCAAGGAUACGAUCGGCAUGGAAGCCGUCCGGGGCACCGCGUUCUGCAACCUUACCUGGGCUGCAUUUGUCUUCAACGGCCUCGCUGCUGUCUACUGGGCAUACCGGCUGCACCAAGAUGCACGGGCUGCAGCCGCCGCAGCCGCCGCCAAAAACAAGGCAGACGCGGCCGCUGAAGCCGAGCCGAAGCCCUAA